GCUUACAUGGAAUUUUUUUUUUUUGACAAAAAAAAACAUUGAAAUAUUAGGUAGCUGCUAGUAAGUGCGGUUACUGUCAGUCAAAGGCUUCGGUGUCAUUUUUCGUUCUGAAAGCAGUUAUACCUGGGAGGCGCGCCCGAGUUCGUCCAGUUGAGCUGAAGGGUUCCUCGGCUGCCGCUUUUUUAUGUGAGGAUCAAGCCUUGGGAAAGGGCUCACAGACGGGGGGGGGAGAGACUUCAGUCCACCAUCCUCAGGAUCCUGGAUUUCUGUUUAAUUUUAACCAAAAAUCAUCAAUAGCGGAAGUACAGUGAGACACAGGUGUCCAGUAACAGGCACUAUGGAAGCCAUCGCCAAGUACGACUUCAAGGCCACUGCAGAUGACGAAUUAAGUUUUAAACGUGGAGAGAUCCUCAAGGUUUUAAACGAAGAGUGUGACCAGAACUGGUACAAGGCAGAGCUCAAUGGAAAGGAUGGCUUCAUUCCCAAGAACUACAUUGAAAUGAAAGCACAUCCGUGGUUUUUUGGAAAGAUCCCUAGAGCCAAGGCAGAGGAGAUUCUUAACAAACAGAGACAUGACGGGGCCUUCCUUAUUCGAGAGAGUGAAAGUGCUCCUGGAGACUUCUCUCUCUCUGUCAAAUUUGGGAAUGACGUGCAACACUUCAAGGUCCUUCGUGACGGGGCAGGAAAGUAUUUCCUGUGGGUGGUCAAAUUCAACUCGCUCAAUGAGCUGGUGGACUACCAUCGGUCCACCUCUGUCUCACGAAACCAGCAGAUCUUCCUGCGGGACAUUGAGCAAGUACCCCAGCAUCCGACUUACGUUCAGGCGUUGUUUGACUUCGACCCCCAGGAGGAGGGAGAGCUGGGUUUCCGACGUGGAGAUUUCAUCCAAGUCCUGGACAACUCUGAUCCCAACUGGUGGAAAGGAGGUUGUCACGGGUUGACGGGCAUGUUCCCACGCAACUACGUCACACCUGUCAACCGGAACAUGUAGAGGGGAAAAAAAAACCUCUCCCUAUUGCCCUACACCAAGCCCUGCCCCCUCCCCCCCAGCCAAUACCCAUAUUUCCCCACCCCCUACAUCCGAAGAGACCUGGAGUGGCACUGAAGAAAACCCAAGAGAGACAGAAAAAUAAAAUUUGGGGGAGCUUUCUGAAGCGGAGGCAUCAUCUCACCUCUGAUGUUUGAGCAAAGCCAUCUGCAUCACAGAGAACAUUCACCAUUACAGGGAGCACAGUAGUUGCCGUGGAACUGUUUAGGAAAUACAUGAAUUAAUUAAUUAAAAUCCAGAGAAACUAAGUGUAGUGCACCAUAAUUGUAACUUCAGUCAUAUCUCUCCUCUUAAUUUCUCUGUCGAAUGCCUCAAUUGCUUCUGGCUUCUUGUUUCUGACCCCCUUUUUUUCUUUUCUUUUUUUUCCUUUUUUUUUUUUUUUCCUUUUUGAGCAUGUUAAUCACCAUAAUGAAAUUCCAAUGAAUCCUAACGCUGUUAACAAUUUAAAAUUCAGUGAAGCUUUUGAAUUAAAGCUAAUAUGUGCUAAUUGUGGAGAUCAGGGGCAUGUGAGUGUUUUGUGUCAGCCUGCGACUCUAGAAGCAAAAUUAAAUAUAGAGAGAUUCAAUUUUU